AUGGCUUCAUAUCUCAUAACCGGCUCUUCGCGGGGCCUUGGAUUAGCGCUGGUCGCUCGUCUGGCAACAUUGCCCAGGACUGAAGUGGGAACCAUCAUUGCCACCGCUCGCCAGGAUAAUUCUGCUCUACUCACGGAGAUCGUGAAUGCUUCACCAGGCCGAAUUCAAAUGCUCAAUCUGGAUGUCACGGAUAUCGCCAGCGUGGAUGCUGCGGUUGGAGCAGCAGAGCGUAGCCUACCAGGGAAAGGACUUGACGUUUUGAUCAACAAUGCGGGAGUGAUGGAUUGGUCACCAACAGGACUAGAAGGAAUGGACAACCUCAACGACAUGUUCAACAUCAACGUCACGGCGGCCCAUCUAGUUUCCCGCGCGUUUCUUCCACUUCUUCGGAAGGGGAACAAAAAGACAGUCGUCAAUAUCUCGUCAACCCUGGGGUCCAUCGCUAUGGCUGAUGGGUUCAAAUCCAUGCCGGUCCCGGCCUACAAAAUUUCCAAGGCUGCAUUAAACAUGCUCACUGUGCAGUAUGCUCAUCAAUAUGCAGAUGAUGGUUUCACAUUUUUAGGAAUCAGCCCUGGCUGGCUCCGUACCAACCUUGGUGGCUCUCGGGCAGACUUACCAGUUGAAACAGGCGCCGAGAAGGUAAUGGAAAUCAUACGAAACGCAACGCCCAAGCAGAAUGGAAAGUUUAUGAAUAUUCAUCUACCUGGAUGGAACGAAGGGCAAGGCGCAGGCCGCGCAGACCAGUAUGAUGGGAAAGAGAUCCCUUGGUAA